AUGGAUCAAUGUCUCGGCGGAGCUCAAGUCCAAUUGCGAAACCUCACCUUCCCGCACUCUCGUGAUAAAAUACCGGCUGCAAUUGACCGUCUGGGUAGGCAACGAUGUGAAGCCGCAAUACGGACCUUAGGACCACAAGCAUGGUGGAACGUUCGAGUAUUUCUUGUUCCUGAGGGACACCAUCCGGAGAAUCUGCUUCAACGAGUGAUAAACGAUCACUCAUUUGAGACGCCACCUUCGGAUGGCGAGGUCUUUCGCCGAACGUAUGCUCAUUGGCGAGCGGGUCAAAUGGGCCAUAUUGAUCAUGUGAAUCUACACCUAAGCGAAGAUAAGAAAACUGGCCUCAGGAGACUCAUGAAGAAGAAUCUUGUGGCCGAAGCAAUGUACAAGCUGACUGACUAUCCUGGUCUCCGCAGCGGCUUGCAGCUUUCAAAUAUGAAGAAGCAUUUGUGUGAGCGUUGUCCCGAAGAAAUCUGCAACUACCUUACCCAUAUCUAUAACACCUGGGGGAAAAUUACACUAUGCAAUCCACGAAUCCAACAGGCGACUGAUACUGUAACGGUUCAAGCGCUCCAACGUCUUGCCCCUUCUGGUAGCCAUGUUGAGCGGGGAGAAAUUCGGAACAUGAUGCGCUCAGGCAAACUUUGGAGCGAUGUUUCUGAUGCCAAUCUCCGUGCCGAAAUUGAGCUGCAGCUGCUAAAUAUAGGUGUAAUUAUACCCAGCAUCAAGACCUUUCACGAAAAUAUGAGGUAUCUAGUCCUUGGUAUGCGGAUAAUUCGAAAUCAUCUGCUGGAUGCUUUGCCCGCAGAAAAAAGUGUUGCUGAGGCUAUGCGAAAAUCAUGGCAACCGCAUCAAACCUUGAUCGAACAUGCAGAAAAUCAAUUUUAUCAAUUAACCUGUUCCCCAAGCUUCUCUAUAUCGUAUCACGUACUUUUUAUAUCGGCUAUCAGAAACUUCCCGAAGUUAUCUGACGAAGGGCCAAUUCAUGAGAGUGGAUUGCCGCCUAUUAAUGCGGGUGUUGAUGAGUCUUGUCUACAGCGAUUCUUGAGGCAUGCGCAAGCCCAAGGAUUUAAUUCCGAGAAGAUCAAGUCAAAGUUGCGCGAAGUUCCUCCCAGCAACGCGCCUCCAAGCGGUGGUCAAGGGUACGAGGGUUUACAAGAAAGCAUACCUAAGCGGAGAUGUGGCCGCGCGAGAACUAGCUCUUAUAACUUCAUAUCCCGCUCUCUUUUUCUGCCCCAGAUGCUUGUGGAAAGUGAAAUUGGCGCAUACCCGACCAUCAAUUUCAUCCAGAGCGAUUUCAUGCGCUCUUUUUUCCACGAAUUUGCCCACGACGACAGCGGCAGAGUCAUGGGUAUAGUGGCUGCAGAAACGAGCCUGCCAAUGGCAACGGCCAUCCUCCCAGACACUCCAACCAGGCCUGAGCUCCAACAGCUUCAAACUGACCGCGAAAUAACGGGGUCGCGGAGUCCAAACGACGAACUACGUCCAGACAACACCAUCCGCUCUGCCGACACCAUAUUCUACCAAGAGUGCCAGAGCGAGCGGUCCCUGCUUUCACCAGCACACCCAGCAGGACAGGCGCAUAGUGACCGUCCGCCCUUGCACUCCUCACCCAGAGCCACAGAAAUGUAUUCCAGAAGCCGAUAUUCACAAGGUUCGACGACAACCGGUCGCACAAUCUACUCACCUGAAGAAGUAAGGAGGAUUUGUGGAUAA